UCCAAAACCGGACAGUCCUGCUUUCUGGGCGGCGCUCUGAUUGGCUGUUUCGGCGCCAGAGCCCAAGGAAUGGAAUGUUGGGCGCCUGAACGUUCCAAAGGCACUGGGACCCCCCACGUCGAGCGAAGAGGCGAAGAAGAGAAGAGGGACCCAGCUGCUUUGGCUGAAAGGAUGUCAGCGAAGAAGGGCCACUAGGCGAGCCUCAGCCUUCCUGCAGCCAGAGUCCCGGAGCGCCCUUUGGACUCUCUUGGAGGCACUGGCUCGGUGGAUUUGGGGUGUUGUCCUACUCUGCAAGAAAGGUGACUGUCCAAGAUGGUGGACCAUCUAGCUAAUACUGAGAUUAACAGCCAGCGCAUUGCUGCCGUGGAAAACUGCUUUGGCACAUCUGGGCAGCCGUUGGCCGUGCCAGGAAGAGUCCUCUUGGGUGAAGGGAUCUUGACGAAGGAAUGCCGCAAAAAAGCCAAGCCGCGGAUUUUCUUCCUCUUCAACGAUAUCCUUGUCUAUGGGAGCAUUGUGAUCAACAAAAGGAAGUACAGCUCCCAGCACAUCAUACCCCUUGAUGAAGUCACCUUGGAAACUUUGCCAGAUACCUUGCAAAUGAAAAAUCGGUGGAUGAUCAAAACGGCCAAGAAAUCUUUUGUGGUUUCUGCAGCUUCUCUGACGGAGAGGAAAGAAUGGAUCAGCCACUUAGAAGAAUGCAUUCGCCUUUUGUUGUCCAAGACUGGUCGGCCGCCCCCCACUGAACACGCAGCCCCUUGGAUCCCUGAUAAGGCAACUGAUAUCUGCAUGAGAUGCACCCAUACCAAGUUCUCUACUCUCACACGAAGGCACCACUGUCGGAAAUGUGGCUUUGUUGUGUGUGGAGACUGCUCUAGGCAGAGGUUUCUCAUGCCCCGACUGUCUCCAAAGCCUUUGAGGGUUUGCAAUCUUUGCUAUAAACAGCUAAUGGCAGAAAAAAAGGAAGCGGAUGGCCAAUCCAAGCUAGUUCACUCUACUCUGUCUGGCUAUGAACCUUCCAGCGGGGAUGAUAGUGACCGAUCCGAUGAGGAUAAACUGGAACAGUGGCCAGCAGAGGCCGAAUUUUAUACAUCAGACGUGGCUUGGUCAUCUUUCCAUAGUUGACCUGCACAUGGUCUAGCAGAUUUUCAGGGCCUACUUCUUACUUCCAAGGAAUAGAAAGAACACACAUUUGCCUUACUGCACAAGAGGAAUAGUUUUAAUUAUAUGGUUUAGUUUCAUGCAUGAAUAAAUAUUCUUUGAAUCAGAGGGGACUGGUGUCCCAGACAACAUGACCAAUGGUUGGGGAUUAUGGAAGCUGAAGCCCAAAACAUCUAGAGGGCACCUGGCUUCAUAUUCCUAAGGGCCUCCUUGUCUCCUCUUUUAAGUCAGUCGUUUUAAUGGAAGUCUAAGGCAAAGCUAAAUUUGGUCCAGAACAUGUCAGAUAUUGAGCAUUAAACUCUCUUAACAUCAAGUGUGGCCAUAGCAUUAUGGUUCUGGGUCACAUUCUGGGUCCAGAAAUCAAAGCUGUGGAAUUCAAAGCGAGGUCCAUUUUGUGGUUGUAAACUAAGGGCCUUUGAUGAAGUGUUUAUGUGUGAAAUAAAUCAAAGGUUUUAAUAGUA